AUGGGUGUUCUCGAAAAAAUAAAAGAUAUAGAAGAAGAAAUGGCCAGAACCCAAAAGAAUAAGGCUACAGAAUAUCACUUAGGUUUACUAAAAGCAAAAUUAGCAAAAUAUCGUACUGAGCUUCUUGAGCCAACAUCAAAAGGUCCCAAAGGUGAAGGUUUCGAAGUUUAAAAAUAUGGUAAUGCCCGUGUAUGUAUGAUAGGUUUUCCAUCAGUAGGUAAAUCAACAUUAUUGAAUUCAAUUACAGACACUGAAAGUUUAGCCGCAGCCUAUGAAUUUACAACAUUAACUUGUAUUCCCGGAGUUAUUCAUUACAGAGACACAAAGAUACAACUUUUGGAUCUUCCUGGUAUUAUAGAAGGCGCUGCUGAUGGAAGAGGAAGAGGUCGUUAAGUAAUAGCAGUAGCAAAGGCUUCAGAUUUAGUAUUAAUGGUACUAGAAGCAUCUAAAAGUGAAGAACAUAAAUAAAAACUAACACACGAAUUAGAAAAAGUAGGAAUUCGUUUAAAUUAAGAAAAACCUGAUAUAACUGUAACAAUAAAUAAAACCGGAGGAGUAAAAUUAAUAUCAACUUGUUAAUUAACGAGAAUAGAUGAAAAAGCCGUAAAAAACAUCUUUUAAGAAUAUAAAAUACAUAAUGCUACUAUUCUAUGUAGACAAGAUGUUACAAUUGAUGAUAUUAUAGAUAGUAUUGAAGGAAACAGAAAAUAUGUAAAAUGUCUUUAUGUAUAUAAUAAAAUAGAUACUAUUUCUAUAGAAGAAGUCGAUCUUAUAGCAAGAUAAGCUAAUAAUGUGGUUAUUUCAUGUUAGUAUAAACUAAAUUUCGAUUAUUUAUUAGAAAAAAUAUGGGAAAUGCUUGGGCUUAUUAGAGUAUACACGAAAAAAAAAGGCUAUUUUCCGGAUUUAGGAGAUCCUCUUAUUCUUACUUAAGGAAGAAAUGGGUGUACAGUUAAAUCAGCAGUUGAAUAGAUACAUAGAGAUUUAGUUAAAGAUUUUAAUUUUGGAAUGGUAUGGGGUAAAAGUACAAAGUUUAUGCCUUAAAAAGUUGGACUAAAUCAUCCUUUAACUGAUGAAGAUGUUUUAUAAAUAUAUAAAAAAACUGGGGCUGGAGGGGCUAAAGAAUCGAAAACGAUUAUUGUAGAAGAAAAAAAAAAUGUUAAAAAAGAAGCAAAAGAUAUGAAAAAAAAAACACAGGAAGAAAAAAAGAAAAAAUGA